GCCAACAAUAAGCAUAGUACAAAUUCGUCGUCGGGCGCGGCUGGCGGUUUCUGGGAGCCGAUCGGCGCCGGCACGGCGGGCAAGAAGCAGAAGGCGGGUGCGCAGCCGGCGGCCGCCUCUAAGAAGAAGUCGCAGCGCAACAAGGCGGAGGAUUCGGUGAUGAAGCUCUUCGCGGGGCCGGAGGAUCCGUCCGACGACGGCUUCCACGCCUGGGCCACGGCCACGCUCAGCAAGAUGAAGACGGGCGUGGAUGUGCCCACAUUCAUCGGCUUCCUGAAGGACGUGGAGUCGCCGUACGAAGUGCAGGACUACGUGCGCUCCUACCUGGGCGACGGUAAGGAGACCAAGGAGUUCGCGCGACAGUUCAUGGAGCGUCGCAGCCGCUGGAAGAACGCCUCCAAGCGCAAGGAGAGCGAGGACAAUAUGUACGGUCCGGCUCGCGCGGUGAACCCGGCCAGCAACGAGUUCCAGGAAAUCAAGCCGAAGGGCCGCAAAGGCAAGAACAAGAACCGCGCCGUCGAUAGCAGCAUCCUGGGCUUCUCGGUCACGUCCUCCGAGGGCCGCCUGAACGUGGGCGAGCGCGAAACCAUCAACUGAGCGGCGCCGCUGCCGGCCGGGUGGGCGCGUCGGCCGAGGCGCCGGCGGAGGCGAGGAUCGGGGCCCGGUGACG